UUUGUCAAUGGGUGUGGCUAUAAUAAAAUGGCGUUGUUCAAAGAACUCAAGUCAUUCUGUGUUUCUCCUUUCUCAUCUCUUCAGGUCCGAUCAGUUAUAAAGCUAACGAAACUGUAUUUCGCUGAUAAUUCCAUCAACGCAAAGAAAACCACAUUAACUGACAGGCCGUACUGUAUAGCCCUACCCAAGAACAAUAAGGUGGCUGGAUUCGGUGACAUAAUAAAGAUAGCUCACAGAGGAAAGGUCCACAAUGCAAUGAUAGUGACUAACACUCGGCCUAGCAAGGACCUGCCUGUAUACGACAAGUGGUACAUUGUACUCCUUAAUGAGAAGAAUGAACCUGUGGGUACUAGAAUAUCGAUACCACUACCAACCAAGAUGAGACUCAGGAAAGACAAAUUCUCUAAAAUUAUUGCAAUGUGUAACAGAUUCAUUUAAUUAUUGUAUUAUAAUAAAAGUUAUUUAUUAUUA